AUGUCUUCGAUCAUUGGAGAUAGAAUUUACAAAUAUGUAACUAUAUUUGACGAACACAAGGAGAAGUUGGAACGUAAUAAGGAAGAAGCACGCCGUUAUGCAGAACACGAUUGUUAUGAAUUUAUAAAUGAAUAUAAUAGCAUUCAUUUAAUGUCGGAUGACAUAUGUUUCAAAACUCAGGCUUAUUUAUAUAAAUCUGAUUCAUCAUUAAAACAAGACGAAAAAGAUUUAGGAUGUAUUUACGCAUAUUUUUUUCUAUAUAGUGAGGUUUAUAAGAAUGUAUAUAAUAGUGAAAUUAUAAAUGUCUAUAAUAAAUUGAUUGAUCCAUUUUUUACUGAAAAUAGUUAUAUAUGCAAUUAUUAUGUUAAUAAUAUUAAUGAAGAUAUAUUGAAUAAACUUCAGGACAUCUAUGAUAUGAAUAAAAUUAUAAACAAUAUUAAAACACAAAAUUAUUCAUCCUGCAAUAAUUCGCGGUGCAAUUGUGCAGAGAAAUGGGCAAUUAUAUAUAAUCGCUACAAGAAUACAUGUGAAUCCAACAAUAACUUAGAUUUUUGUAUAACAAUAAAUAAAAUUAGAAGUGAACUGAUGGAAAAGGAAUUAUAUGAAACAUGUGAUACUUUUAAGUCACUAAUGUUGACUUCUGUUCAACAUAAAUAUGAAAUGAUAUCAUCAAUCCAAACAAAUAAUAAAGGAAUUACUGUUGUAAUUCCAAUUGUUGUCAUAACACUAAUAUAUAUUUUUUUAUUAAAUCUGUAUAAAUUCACCCCAUAUGGCACGCUGAUGUUGAAUUAUAUAAAAAGAAAUGGAAAUGUAUGUAAUUAUACUGACGAAGAAUGGAAUAAACUUGCUCCUUCUCAUACAUCCAAAGGUAUUUUAUGGAAUAGCAGAUAUAAUAUAUUAUAUAAUUCUGUCUAA